GCUCCGUUUAUGAUGAGUAAUACGAACGUUCAGGUGGUGUCUUGUUACUUAAGGAUGAUGGGCAGGUUGGAGAUCUUUAUAUGUGUCUACCGCAGUCCAUCGUCCACACGAGAGGAGGACAAAGAGCUCGGUGCACUAUUGAGGCGCGCAGUGGUUGCUGCGCCUAAUUUCCUAAUAGUUGGUGAUCUAAACCUUCCUCAUGCGGAUUGGCAAGGCACCGCAAACAGAGCGGAUACCUUGGAACAGGAACUGGUUGACUGGAUGCAUGAGAAUGCACUUGAACAAUACAUCAAUAUACCGACCAGGAGCCGAAUCGGGAGUGCCCCUCCACGUUGGAUGUUGCCAUCACCAAACACGGUCGUUUCGCAGAGCUACAAGUGGAAGCACCUUUAGGUAGGAGUGAUCACUGCGUCCUCACUUUCUGCCUAAAUACAUUGAAGCCUGCACGACAUCCUCGCCUCGUGAGAAAUUUCAGCCGCAUUGACCACAUGAAAUUGAGGGAUAGAGCCCUCCAGGUCAAUUGGAUCCCUGACCAGGAACAGGCAUCUUUGGAACAAAGGUGGUCUGUGCUUAAAACUGGUUUAGUACAACUAUUGAAUGAGUUUGCUCCUCUUCGUCCUGCGAGACACUUCAGCAAGCCUCGGUGGUGGAGGAGGAGAAUUGAUAGAGCUCUAAAGAGACGAAAUGAGAAGUGGAAAAAAUUCAAUGAGGCCAGGGGCUUUCGACGAUGGCUACAGUACACAAAAAGCCGGAAUACGGCUAUCAAGAUGCAACGGCAGGCUAAAUACUCUUAUGAGCUUCGGCUGGCCCGGUAUGCGAAAACAAAUCCAAAGUGUUACUACGGCUAUGUUCAGUCUAAAGCCUCCCUAAG